AUGGACGCCGCGACAGACAACGCCCAGCCCUCCCAGCGCCAGACCCUGGGCUUGAAGUUCGUGGAGUCCCGGGCUCCCGGAACUCCUAUUCUGGAUUCCGGAGGCCUUACCAAGGCCGUGGCUCUGUCACUCGUCGACCUUGCCAGAUACUGGGUGAGGAUCGGCAAGACCGAGUCCUCAUUCCAGCACCCACCGACAUCCGAGUGCUUACCAUACUUGCUGAAGGCCGUCUUUGAUGAAUGGAACAGUACAGAAGGCGAACCAGCCAUUCCUAAAGAACCAGGCCGAAAGAAAGAAGAUUCGGGAAUCCUUGUAGGGACUUGGGAAGAAGAUCUUCUACCCUCACGUGCUGAGACUGUGGGUUCGAAGAGGAAGCAGACCGAAGACGCCGAGGAGCCCCAGAAGAAAAAGCCUUCUGCUCGCAAGCAAGGCGCAGACGCGUGGCUAACGCUUACCAUCUUCAAAGAAGGCGGCCACAAGUACUUGUUCCGUAAUACAUCCUUCCGAGCGGCUCCAAAGAACAAGGUCGUUGUUUACAACCCUGGCAUGUCAGAAUUCAAGGCCAAGAAACGAUGCAUCACCAUCUACGACCUGGGUGAGAAGGACCGGGUGAACAGCUUCAACAGGCGACUAGUACUCGCCACAGCUCGCAAGCGCAUCUGCAGAUUCGCCGAGUCUGGCAAUGUCGGCGACGACGAGAGUCUUCCGGAAAUCGAUCGCGAUGACUGCAUCGAAAAGCUCUUUGUGCCCUUGAGGCUGACACGCGAUGCCAUCAACGAAGAGUGGGGGUUUCUCGGCAAGCUCCUCGACAAGCCCAGCAAUGGAAGCUCUUAA